UUCUUCCUCAACGCAUAAUAACCACAACAAAAAACGGACCGUUUAAACUUGCAAAUUAAUUAAUUAUGAUUAAUUUCAUUAAACUAUUUCACUAAUUAUAGCCAGAGUUCAAGUCAGUCAUAUAAUAAUCACACAUUUGUCUAAAUCAAGUUGAAGGGAUUAAAGUGGAAAUGAUGAAGACCGAUGCAGUUUUCCAUAUUGAGGUUGCAAGGAAGAUCAACAGUUCUGAGAAGCGGUCUAACCUUGAGACAUUAGUUAGGACGGCGUUAGAGGAGGAGAAAGAGGAGUUCAUUUCAUGCUUUAACUAUGAUGACUUUCUUGCUCGCCACCCGUCCCUGAAAAGCCAUAUACAAUCUAUUCGAGUAUAUGUCGAGCACCAAAGUAAUUCCAACAUUCGACUGACGGCGCAACCAUCUUCAUCACCCCAGAAAAGGAAAACCCCUGACAUUUUUGCAAAGAUUAGCAAGGACCUCAAAUUGCGUAUCAACCUUUACGUACAUGAUUUGUGCAAGGAUGGCGAGGAGGCAGAAUACAUGAAUGAUGAAGAGAAUGACCAAUCUGCUUCGUCACACCAUUGGAUCCUCCCUUCUGCAAGUUUCGAUGGAUUGUGGGAUACACUAAUUUUUGAUGAUAACGUUCAAUCGAGGCUUAUGAAGUACAUUAACUCGACACUACUAUUUUCAGAAAAGGGGGUAGACACAAACCUCAUUUCUUGGAACAAAGUAAUUUUACUUCAUGGACCUGCAGGCACGGGAAAAACAUCAUUAUGCAAAGCUCUCGCACAAAAAGCUUCAAUACGACUUGGGAGCCGUUAUAUGUACGGACAGCUUAUUGAAAUUAACAGCCAUAGCCUAUUUUCAAAAUGGUUUUCUGAAAGUGGAAAAUUGGUCAUGAAAAUGUUUGAAAAGAUUCACGAUCUUGUUGAAGAUCCCAAAUGCAUAGUGUUUCUUCUCAUUGAUGAAGUUGAAAGUUUAGCUCAGUGUCGUCAAUCUGCUGAGGCAGGAAACGAACCUACUGAUUCCAUACGAGCUGUCAAUGCAUUACUUACUCAGAUCGACAGAAUAAAAAAAUUUCCCAAUGUUGUCAUUUUAACAACGUCAAAUAUGGUUGGAUGCAUCGAUUUAGCAUUUGUGGAUAGAGCUGAUCUCAAAAUCUACAUUGGGGCUCCUCCUGUCGAUAUAAUUUAUAGAAUAUUAGCUUCGUCAGUUAAUGAGCUAAUACGGGUUGGAAUUAUUGACUCGAAAUCUAAAAUUUCCGAUGACGUGGCUGUUUCGAAUAGGAAUGGAGGGGAAAAAUUGUUAGAUUCCUCAGCAGCCAAGCUUUUAGCUAUUUCCAAACUCGCCAGCGGUAUGAGUGGAAGAACGUUACGCAAGAUUCCUUUCCUGGCUCAUUCAAAUUUUAUGGCGUCUACAGUAGUAACUGACCUAGAGUCUUUUUUGGAUGGACUGGAAAGAGCAGUAGAAACUGAGAUGAAAGAAGUGGAAGCUCUUCGGAACAAUUCUAAACCUAUUCUUAUAUAAUUAUCUGUAGCAUGGACUGAAUAAGGGAUUGAAAAUAAUUUGAACCGAGUUUUUUGUACUUGAUGAUAAUUCGUCGUUAUCUAAGAUAAAGACUAUUUCAUUAGUAUAAUCAAUAA